GGGACGGGGGCGGGCUCUCCGGGCCCCCAUUGGCUACGGCCCCCCCCACACGAGGGCUCCCCCCAUCUCCCCCCGACAUCAGUCCGUCCAGCUUCCAGCUGCUGCAGCCGCGCCUUCACCGUCUCCGCAUCCAGCCGCCCCCUGCUCCGGCCCGGCAUGGCGACCCCGACCCAGGCCCCUACAAAGGUUCCUCAGGAACCUGAUCCAUUUUACUAUGACUAUGACACUGUGCAGACAGUGGGCAUGACUCUGGCCACCAUAUUGUUCCUGCUGGGCAUCCUCAUCAUUAUCAGCAAGAAGGUCAAGUGCAGGAAGGCGGACUCCAGGUCUGAGAGCCCAACGUGCAAAUCCUGUAAGUCGGAGCUGCCCUCCUCAGCCCCUGGAGGUGGUGGCGUGUAAAACCAGCCCUGGGCACCUCCACUGCUGUCCCUGCCUGAGUGCAGAAGCCUGAGGACCGGGUGGAGGCGGUGGGGACCCCAGCCUUGCGCCGGGGAGCGCUCCCCCGAAUGAGCCGCCUCACCCACCCGAGGCUGGUGCGGCUGCACCCCGCUGCCCCUCCCCAGGUCUUGGCAAUGACCCCCCAAAGAGCCCGUCUGCAUCCCGGACCCAGGGACUCAGGCCUCCAGCUCCUGGGGUCCAGGAGUCCAGCCCCAGCCCCCCAGAAUGCCCACGUAUUGCUCCCCUGCACCUCCCUGUCUCCCCUCCGAAGAUCGGUUUCCUUGCACCCUUGGAGUCUCUGUCUUGAGCUUAAUAAAUGUGCACUUGGUUUUU